AUCCCAAUUAAUCGAUUGACAAGGGUACCGAGGUGGGAUCCAUCCAUCCAUCUCCAAAACCAGUCCUGACAUCACGAACUUUCCGGCUUCAAAAAUGCCAGGCCAUUGCCUGCCAACACCCCGAGAAUGCGGCUGAACUUGCCCCGAGCCUGUCGGCCGCAACACAUACGGUUACAGACUGCAACCCCCAGCACGCGACGGUCAUACGCGUUCCAGGCCCCGGGCGGCGCCGUCUUCAAGGUCUUCAACAGCCGCUCAAAAUGGCACCAAAAGGAGCGGGCAGCCGCCAAUCCCGAGCUCAGCCGCCAGGCCGACUACCUCAAAGAUGAGGUGGCCAUGCGAGUGUGUGAGAGGUUACUGGACAUCAAACGGCAAUUUCCCCGCGUCCUCGACCUCGGCGCCAACUCGUGCAACAUCGCCCGCGCCCUGACCCGCGAGAACCCCGACCCGGACCCAGCCACGCCAACCUCCCCGCCGCUAGCCAACAAAAUAACCUCACUAAUCGCCGCCGACUCCUCCGCCACGCUCCUGCACCGCGACGACGAGCUGCCCUUCAACCGCGAGCUCGACCUAACCCGGCAAGUCCUCGCCGACGACGAGACGCUCCCCUUCGAGCCGGCCUCCUUCGACAUGGUGCUGAGCAGCCUGUCGCUGCACUGGAUCAACGACCUCCCCGGGGUGCUGGCGCAGAUCAACAGCGUGCUCAAGCCGGACAGCCCCUUCAUCGGGGCGAUGCUGGGCGGCGACACGCUGUUCGAGCUGCGCACGUCGCUGCAGCUGGCCGAGCAGGAGCGCCGUGGCGGCAUCUCGCCCCACGUCUCGCCCCUGGCCGAUGUGCGCGAUGUUGGCGGCCUGCUGGGCCGCGCCGGGUUCCAGAUGCUGACGGUGGAUGUCGAGGAUAUUGUCGUUGACUAUCCGGAUACCUUUGCGCUGAUGCAGGACCUGCAGGCUAUGGGGGAGGGGAACGCCGUGCUGGGGCGGGAGAUGGGCGCGAUCGGGCGGGAUGUGCUGCUGGCGAAUGAGGGAAUAUAUCGGGCGUUGCAUGGGAAUCAGGAUGGGAGCCUGCCGGCGACGUUUAGAAUUAUUCACAUGAUCGGGUGGAAGGAAGGGGGGAAUCAACCGAAGCCGUUGAAGAGGGGUAGCGGGGAGGUGAAUCUGAAGGAUAUCUUGGAGGCGAAAUAGAGGGGGCCCAAGAGUCGGGCUGGCUGUAGGAGUAGUGUGAAAAACAUGUUGGUUAUCCCAUAUUACCGUUUUAAACAGGUCGUGGUCUGCCAGACAGGGAAGAUUCAGAAGUCCGGCGGGAGCCUCCUCAACAACGAAAUACCACAGGCAGGAAGACUUCCCAAGCC